CUCCUCUCCGCAUCCAACGCUCGAAGCGAGGAAGAAAAAGAAAAAAGAAAAAAAAAACAGAGAUCCCCCACAACUUCCGAAUCCGAUCGGCGGUCGCGGCGGCGGCGGCGGCGUCGGCGACGGCGACGGCGGGGAGCUUCUUCCCGAUCCCCUCCUGAUCGCCCGCAGGAUCGAUCGAGCUCUCCCCCCCUCUCACUCACCUCGGGGGGCGCGGCGGUGGGGGGCUAGGGAUUUGAGCCGGAUCGCGGCGAGCUUGAAGGGGCGCGGACUGAGGCGGCGAGAGGAGCGGGUUUCCGGUUCGGGGGAAGGAGGGGAGGAGUAGUAGGAGGAGGAGGAGGAGAUGGUGCUGGUGCUCGCGCUCGGGGAUCUGCACGUGCCGCACCGGGCGGCCGACCUGCCGGCCAAGUUCAAGUCCAUGCUCGUCCCGGGCAAGAUCCAGCACAUCAUCUGCACGGGGAACCUCUGCAUCAAGGAAGUUCAUGACUACCUGAAAAGCCUUUGUCCUGAUCUCCAUAUAACCAGAGGUGAAUAUGAUGAGGAUGCUCGUUACCCAGAGACUAAGACACUUACUAUUGGUCAGUUCAAGCUAGGGCUGUGCCAUGGUCAUCAGGUUGUUCCAUGGGGCGAUUUGGACUCCCUGGCGAUGCUCCAACGGCAGCUGGACGUGGACAUCCUCGUCACAGGGCACACCCACCAGUUCAAGGCGUACAAGCACGAGGGGGGAGUGGUCAUCAACCCCGGCUCCGCCACGGGCGCCUACAGCAGCAUCACCUACGACGUGAACCCGAGCUUCGUGCUCAUGGACAUCGACGGCCUCCGCGUGGUCGUCUACGUGUACGAGCUGAUCGACGGCGAGGUCAAGGUCGACAAGAUCGACUUCAAGAAGACGGCGACGAUGCACGCCUGACCAAAAAACACAUCAGAAAACCCUUCCCCGUCCUGCCCAGCCCUGCCCUUGUUUUUAGUUACCCUUUACCCUUCUUGCUUGAUUCAGAGAUCAUCCCAUUUUCUCAAGCUUCCUUUUCUUCCUCGCUCUCGUCCUUGUGCAAAAGCUUGAGCCGUGUAUUCAGAUUAGUUAAUAAUAAAAGAUCGUCAAGAGUUGUCAUGGUAAAAAGAACUGGAGCCGGUGUAUUGAGAUCUAGUGAAUCAAGAUCAUCAGAGUGAUUAAGCUGAGGUGACAUUGCAUUAUGUAAUCCGUGUGUUUGACAGGCUGGGAAUUGCGCAACAUGUGUGCCUCCACAUAACAUAACUUUUGGUGAGACACAAGAA